CCAAUGCUGCAGUUUAUCCCUUGGAUUAGACGUGCCAAUCUUCUUCUUAUUUUGCACACAAGUUCUGGAUUGGGACGGUCUUCAGUACUUCUGUCUUCUGAGAGAACAAGUGCAGAAUUGGUUUCUAACAGCAAGUGGUACUCAGACGUUCAUUCACCUACUCUGUGUGUUGAUAAUAUGGCUUCAGUACAGCAACCACCAUCCAGACAAUCAUUCCAUCCACAAACUUACCAUAAUUUUUUGGUUUUGGACUUUGAAGCAACCUGUGAUAAACAAUUAAUAAAGCCUCAGGAAAUAAUAGAAUUCCCAAUCCUUAAACUACAUGGAAGGACACUGGAAAUUGAAGCUGUGUUUCAUACGUAUGUUCAACCAGUUGUACAUUCAGAAUUGACACCUUUUUGUACAGAGCUCACAGGGAUUGUUCAGUCAAUGGUUGACGGAAAACCAACAUUACAAGAAGCCCUUCAGAUGGUUGAUGACUGGAUGAGAAAAGAAGGUUUGCUGGAUCCUAAAGUCAACUCCAUCUUUGUAACCUGUGGAGAUUGGGAUUUAAAAACAAUGCUGCCAGGACAAUGCCAACUCUUGGGUCUGCCAGUUCCUGAUUACUUCAAGAAGUGGAUUAAUCUCAAAAAGGCAUACAGCUUUGCGAUGGGGGAUUAUCCAAAGAGCGGACUGCCAUUUAUGAUCAAAGGCUUGAAUUUACAACAUAUUGGCAAACUACAUAGUGGGAUUGAUAUGCCUGCAGGAUACGAAUCUGGCUACAUAUUACACAAUUCUAUUGGUGUUUCUUCGAAGAUGACUGCAAGAACAUUGCCAACAUAAUGAAGGAAUUAGCACGAAGGGGAUUCACUUUCAAACAAACUGGAUCAAACCUCUGAAUAUGCUGCAGAAGAAAAGAACAUGUCUCACUGCUUUGAAAAAAAAAUCAUUCAAGGAUAUAUGGUAAAAAUAAAUAAUUUCACGUGAGGCAUGUAAGCAACUAUUAUAAAAAAAUUAAUUCAGUUAUAUCAAAAUGACUCAUACUAAGAUUUUCCCUCCUUCAUAAAGUGGAGCAAUCUGCUGCUAAUUGACAAGUAAAACAUGCUUUUUUUAAAAAAAUUGUUAAUUGAAUGUUAUUUCUAACUUGAAGAGGAAGAUUAUUUGUUUAAAUUGUCCAAAUUCCUAAACUACAAUGGAAUAUACUUAUACCCUUACUGGUGUCUGUUUAUUUUUAGCAUGUUUUGUACUUUAAAUGUCUACGUCAUAGGCAGUUUACAGAGACAGAAUAAUAUUAGAGGAAAACUGGUCAUGAAAGCCUACCACUAUAGUACCACCUCAACCUAGAAUUUUCAUUCAGCUAGGGUUGGUAACACAGCUACAACACACAGAAAUGGCAAAAGGUAGGUUGGGCCAAAAACCUGCAAGCCCACCCUGUGCACCAGGGACUACCAUAAGAUGAAUGAGAGAGCUCCUGGGGCUCUGGCAAGAAGUCCAUAAGUUUAAUGAUUGAAGAGCUGGGGAUUAGUAGUGGCCCCUACGAAAGGGCCAAAAUAUUUGCUUCCCUUAUGAUUUCAGUCCAGACCAUGUUCAGGUAUUCAGAAUAUCUGUGCUCUCUUUAAUAACAGAAUCCUCCUCUUGUCACCCCAGUGCAUGUCUGACUGCAGCACUGCUCCAUUGUCUUCUGACAAUUCCAGGCCCUCAAUUUGUGACAGUGACUCUGUGGAAAUCCACCCAAGGUAGAUAAUGACACCAAACACGCUAGCUCAAUUGCUAUUGUCCACGGAGGUGUCAAAACAUGUGUGCAUUAUUUAGAACUGUAUUCACAGUUUCACCGUACAUUGCAAAAAUGACAUUCUCUCUGUCCACACAAGAUCAUACACAUUUUCAUUUAAAUGUCUAUUUCCUUAAUAUCAUCUAAGAAUUAUGUGAUAAAUCAUUGUAAAAGCAUUUUGGUUUUAAAGUAUUGCUGGCUAUUUAUCUGCUAUAUUUCAAUUUUUCCAGCAAGUUCUUUUUUCUAUUUUACUUACUAAUUCAAUCCAUUUUUCCAAGUGACAAGGAAUCAAAGUAGUUGUUGCCUGUAAUGUUAGUGAGUUUCCCAAAUUAAGAUGCUGAAUUUUCCUUAAAAAUUCAAGUUGAGGAGGCAUUUCAAGAGAAACUUCUUGUGAAGUGGAAGAGAUAGGUGGAGGAAAAUUAUUAUCAAAUAGCUAAACCACUGGUAACUUAUCUCUGCUUCUUAAUGACAAUUACCUGUAAAGGGAGGAACAAUCUUUAGUUUAAUCUUAAUAGUCAAUCAAGUUUAACAUUUCAUUUACUAAUUCUACACUAAAAGAACAUACUGGCUGAUCCUUAUUAUGUAAAACUUUAGUUCAUAAUAAAAUGCUUUUCUGAAA